AGAGCACGGGAAAACAUGUGAGUGGUCUGAGGACUUUAGUGAGAGACGACUUGUAUGUCUUCUAUGUUUUUUUGACCCCGUGCAUGCACAAACCGCCGUGCUGUACUUAAAAGGAAUUACAUCUAAAGGAACAUCACGACUCUUUUGCAGUUCACGGUGUUCUUUGGGUUUUGACUUUUUCUGUUUAUCAGGAUAAAUUGUGUUAUUGUUUUGCUUAUAUUUUUUAUUUUUUUUAUUUCUGAGUUGUUCUAUAUAAGCAGAAGCAACAAUAAUGUAUUUUUAAACACCUUUCGUCAUAGUAGUUGGUCAAAUUCAGGACACCUGUCCUGACAAACAGAAUAUUUGAAAUGUUCUUAUUGUAGCCAAAUUGGACUUUGCCUCUUGGAGAAAUUAGCCCAAAAUAAUAUAAACAAAUAUAUAUUCUACACUGCAGGUUAACCCCACUAUUUUUUUCAAAAAGAGGGGACAGAUCUUGGGAGUUUUUUGUAUUCAUAUUUUUUGUUAUUUUUGUUAAAGUAUGAAGCAUUUGCAAUUUGUGCUCGUCCUGGCCAUCGCGGUCAGCGUGUGGGAAUGUGGAGACGCUAAAUUCGGCGAGAGGGGAGAAAUUAGCCCCAGGAGAAGAAGAUGUUACGACGGAAGCCUGCCCAAGCGGCUGAAGAAACGGGAACGAAAAGUGUUGCUUGACGGCAGCAGCGGAGAAGUUUGCCACAGGUUGUAUCCCCGUGUGUCCUGCUGUCCCACCAGGAGAGCCGCCUAUCAGCUCCUGCACCGCAGGGAUGCUAGGAUUUUCUCCACCAACAACACCGAAUGUGGACGUCUCCUGGAGGAGAUCAAGUGUGCUCGCUGUUCCCCCAAUGCCCAGGUGUUGUUCCACUCCUUGGACAUGGAUAAGAUGCCACACAGGGAGCCAGACCUGCCGCGGCUUUGCCAGGAUUUCUGCCGCGAGUUCUACUACACCUGCAGGGGGCACAUACCAGAACUGUUCCAGGCCGAUGUGGAUGAGUUCUGCCAAUACUAUGGGAGAAGAGAUGCCAGUCUGUGCUUUCCAGAUUUUCAACGAAAGCGACCACAAGGGCAAGAUUCCAACUACUUGGGAGAUGAGAAAAUAGAAGAUAUCAGCAGGAAACACAAACACAACUGCUACUGUGCCCAGGAGGUGUUGAGUGGUCUGAGGCAGCCGGUGGCCGUGGUGCAUUGUGGGGAUGGAUCCCAGCGGCUAUUUGUCCUGGAGAGAGAGGGAAUUGUCAGGGUACUCAAUAAAGACCUCAAUCUUAUCAAGGAGCCCUUCCUGGACAUCCACAAGCUGGUGCAGAAUGGUCUGAAGGGUGGAGAUGAAAGGGGCCUGCUAAGCCUGGCAUUCCACCCCAAUUACAAGAAGAAUGGCAAGCUCUACGUCUCCUACACCACCAACCAAGAGCGCUGGGCUAUUGGACCGCACGACCACAUUCUCCGUGUGGUUGAAUACACCGUUUCCAGGAAAAACCAUAACCAGGUGGACACCCGGACGGUCCGGGUGCUGAUGGAAGUGGCAGAGCUGCACAGGAAGCACCUAGGUGGUCAACUUCUGUUCAGCCCUGAUGGUCUGUUGCACAUCGUCCUGGGAGAUGGAAUGAUCACCCUGGAUGAUAUGGAGGAAAUGGAUGGACUCAGUGAUUUCACAGGGUCCAUCCUGAGGGUAGAUGUGGACACCGACUACUGUACAUCACCUUAUUCAAUACCGCGGAACAACCCGUACUUCAACAGCACCAACCAGCCACCUGAAAUAUUUGCUCAUGGAUUACAUGACCCAGGCAGGUGUGCAGUAGAUCGGCUCCAGACUGACAAUGGGAGUCUCUUGAUCGUCUGCACUGAUGCCAGUGGCAAAAACACAUCAGCAGGAAGAAUAUUGGAGAUUACUAAAGGGAAAGAUUAUGAAAAUGAGCCUUCUGUCUAUGACCUGCAGUCCAGUGGAGGAGCACCACCUGUGGGGGGUUUUAUCUACAGAGGCUGCCAGUCUAGAAGACUUUAUGGCAGCUAUGUGUUUGGAGAUAAAAAUGGCAACCUGCGGAUCCUCCAGAAGUCAACAUCGUCAACAUCAGCAAGUAGUGAACAGUGGCUGGAGAAAGCUCUGUGUCUAGGCCCAGCUGGCUCCUGUGGCUCCAUGCUUAUGGGACACAUAUUGGGUUUUGGAGAAGAUGAACUAGGUGAAGUCUACAUUCUGGCAAGCAGUAAAAGCAUGGCACAGUCACACAGUGGGAAACUCUACAAGCUGGUAGACCCUAAAAGGCCUCAUGCCCCGAAGGAGUGCCAGCGCCAGGUGGAGCCUCCAGAGCUGCUGAUGACAGCUUGCUCCAGACACUGUAAGAAUGGACACUGCACUCCAACUGGGAAGUGCUGCUGCAGCCCCGGCUGGGAGGGGCCUUUCUGCAGAGUUGCCAAGUGUGAACCAGCCUGCCGAAAUGGAGGAGUGUGUAUGGAGCCCGACAAGUGCCUGUGUAAGAGCGGCUACUCUGGGGCCCAGUGUGAGAAGAGUGAGCGGGGCAUGCCCAAUGACCAGGAGAAAGACGGCAUCCUGGACCACAUCAUUGACAUGACCUCAUACCUCCUAGACCUGACCAGUUAUAUCGUAUAGGGAUGCUGUCAUCCUCAAGUUGACACAAAUCUACCUACCACCACCAGCAGACUCUAACGAGGUGUCCCUAAUAUGGCCUCUUAAUCUCCCUCAUACCCACACAGGCAUGUACACACACACGCACACACACACACACACACACACACACACACGCACACACACACACACACACACACACACACACACACAAAUACAUACAGGAUCCACUUCAGACUGCCUUUCAUCCUCAUUGCUAUACCAAACUCUUCCUCUUUCACCUAUAAGCUACUUGCUUUUGAGCACCAGGCCUGGCAGCCAAGCUGUGUUCACACUUCAGAGAGUCCUGCAGACACCAGAGGAGAUGAUUAAUAAGCAUGGCCAAGUUAUGGAAGUUCCACUAAGACAUUCCCUCUCUCGUUCAGAAAAUGCGCGCACGGGGCUGACUCCACAGAUACAGUAACUCCAAAGGAACAGUCCAUUUUAACCCAAGACUUUGGAUCUUUCCAGGGGCUAUCUGUUGCCGUACUUAUCGGUUGCCCCCCCCACCCCCCCAAUAAAUGGAGUUUGAGGCAGUCCAGUGGAGACAGUUGAUUGUUCAGGGGUUCUUUAAGGAUUCGAAAUUGUGAGGAGCAGCGUGGCUCAAGAUCCGAUUUGUGCUCAUCAUGGUCCAUUUCAAAACCAGCAAAAAAUGUCUACAUUCAGAGACUUUGGGAAGGAACAAUCUGCACCUCUGAAGUCAAUGUGAGUCGUGGGUCCCACUGCUUUGUGCUAUAAUAUUGUAAAGGCCCUAAUACAAAAGGGAUGAACCAUGUCGUCACACCAAUGAUGUUUAGUUUGAGGCCAUAUUGUCAUAAAAAGCUAUACCAGUAUACAGUGUGUAUACUUUGUUUUGCAACACUCACUUGCUUUCAAUGUCCGGAAUGGAUCUACAACAGAGGACUGUCACCGACACACAGAAAUAGUAACGACUGAGUGAGAACAUUUUGUCAAAGCCAGUUUCAUACAAUCUGAACAGAGUUUUUGGCUCCCAUGCACUGUAUUCAUGUUUUUCUUUCAUUCACUUUAUUAUUCAAAAUGAAUUUAAACAUUUUAUUUAAAGCGCAAUGAGAGUAGUUUCACAUUCACACACACAGUACCUGCCACACUAUGGUAUGAUUUAACAAACUCUUGUCAUUGCGUCACACACUUGACACUGAACCCAAACUCAAAACUACAAAGAGAAAACAUACAGUAGAGCAGUGAUGUAUAUUUCCAAUAGAUUUUACAUAAGUACUACUUAGUAUUGCAACAAAAAAAAAACUAUAGCAUUACUAUUAUUAUCAUAGAGGAGGGUUUAUUUUUUUAAGCGUAAUAAUAUAUGGGAGAGAAUGGUGUUUAUAGAAAGCAGUUUUACACUAAGCUUGUCAGUUCAUGUCAUUUCAUGUUCUUGUACAUACAUAUGCAGCUUUUUCUUUCCCCUGUUAAGAAACACACGUGAGGACAAGAAUGUUUUCUACUUUUAUCCCCCCACUGCAAAAUAAAUGCAUGUCUGUGCCUGCAAAUAGUUGUUUGGUGCAGUUGCCUGAGUCCAUCUAAUUCUUUUACUAGUGGUUUCACUACCACUGUCAGAAAUGUGUCUCUGUUAUAGGAUGAUCAAACAUCUCGUCUGGCCACCAAGUCCCUGUGGAAGCAGUUCACAGUCACAGGCAGAUCUUAUCUGUAGUGAGCAGAUUUAAGAUUAACUUAAGGAUCUGUCUAAUGGAGAUAAUGUUGAUUGAACGUUACACUCUAAUGAACAUCUGACUCCUAUAUGUAGUCAGAAAACUCAGACGGGGAUUGUCUGGAGCCACAAUAAUGUGUUGUGUUUUUUCAGAUGCCAGACAGAAGUUUAUACAGAUGCAGCACAUGUGCAUGCAUGCCUCAACUAUCUUAUUAAGGACUUCACAUUUGAUCUUUUAUCAUUUAAAUUCCAUGAAAGGGGUUCUGACAGAACUCUGUUAUUGGGCUUUCAAGACAAACAGUUGCAGUUUUGACCUUUCCCCCAACUUUUAUUUUGAAAUACAAGUACCAUGGUUAAUUGAAGUUCAGUAUCUGUAAACGAUUCAUUUGUUCUUCAUCUCCCACCUCGCUUGUGUUUGCUCAAAUAAAUCAACUCUACCUGGUCAAAAUGGAAUUCAUGCUGUAAAAUGGAAAAUUAUAAUUUUUUUUAGCACUUAAUGUGAAAGUUGCAUUGUAGCUGCUGAGACGGCGUGGUGUGAAUAGAAUAACCAUUUUCAUUAUUUAAGUAGUUACACAAAUAAAAUAAUUAUUUAAGUUCUUGUAUGUUGUUUUUACCAUUGUACUGUAUGUGACAAUUUUUUUAUUCCUGUAUUGUAAAUAAAACUAGGGAUAACUUUGUUUCUCUACAGAAAUAUCAAUAUGUCUAUUAAAAUUUAUAGCAUGUCUGAAA